AUGUGUGGCAUUGCCAACAUGUGCGUGUCCUGCUUGAGGAGCAGAGUGGACAUCUCAGAAGCAAUCCCCAAACAAGUCUCAGUCCAUUUCUGCAGGCAGUGUGAACGGUACCUGCAGCCUCCGGGGACAUGGCUCCAGUGCGCUCUGGAGUCCAGGGAGCUUCUGGCUCUGUGCCUUAAGAAACUCAAGGCUUCCAUGGCAAAGGUCAGACUCAUCGAUGCUGGCUUCUUAUGGACGGAGCCGCACUCGAAAAGAAUCAAGAUGAAGCUGAGCAUCCAGAAAGAGGUCAUGAACGGAGCCAUUCUGCAGAAGGUGUUCAUGGUGGAGUUUGUGAUUCAGCCUCAGAUGUGUGAGGACUGUCAUCGAGUGGAGGCCAAAGACUUCUGGAAAGCAGUUGUGCAAGUCAGACAGAAGACUGUCCACAAAAAGACGUUUUACUACUUGGAGCAGCUGAUUUUGAAACACAAGCUGCAUCAGAGCACAGUGCGGAUCAAAGAGAUCCAUGAGGGCAUUGACUUCUACUACGCCUCUAAGCAGCAUGCUCAGAAGAUGGUGGACUUCUUAUGUUGUUUGUUCAGGUCGAAGGCGUCCCAGCGGUUGAUCUCUCAUGAUGUUCACUCCAAUACCUACAACUACAAAAGCACCUUCUCGGCGGAGCUCGUUCCUGUGUGUAAGAAUAACGUGGUGUGUCUGUCUCCACGGCUCGCCCAGAGUCUGGGGAACAUGGGUCAGGUGUGUGUCUGCAUCCGGGUCACCAGCUCUAUACACCUGAUUGACCCCAACACCCUGCAGAGCGCUGAGGUGGAUGGGAACACAUUCUGGCGUCAUCCGUUCAGCAGUCUGUGCAGCCCACAGUAGCUGGAGGAGUUCAUCGUCAUGGACAUCCACAUCAUCAGAGACCAGCGCUUAGGAGCCGGCGCCGGCCUCAAGUCCAGCAAGGGUGUGUUGGCUGAGGUUUGGGUUCAGAAGACGUCAGAGAUGGACUCCAGUCAUCAGUAUCACUGCAGAACGUUCCUGGGUCACCUGCUGAACAUCGGAGAUCUGGUGCUGGGCUUUGAUUUUGCCAAUGCCAAUAUCAAUGAUGAGUUCCUCAAUAAGAUGAACCCUCACCAUGUUCCUGACGUGGUAAGACAGUCACAGUCACAUCUUUACAAUUCAGUGUAUAACACAGAACUUUGUGUGAAUGAAAGGCGCAGCUGUAAACAAAAAGAAUUUGAUACAAAUAGGGCCCUAAUGUUUGAUGGUAAUCAUAGACAAUACACUGAAUUCCUGGAGGACCUGGAGGAAGAUGAGAUGCUGAGGAAGAACGUCAACAUCUUCAGAGAUGCUUCGAAGGUCCCUGUGGAGAGCGAGACGGAUGACGACGGCGCUCCCAGGAUCUCUCUGACGGAGAUGAUGGAGGAUCUGAGCCUGAGUGACGCCACCGGUGGAGCAGGAGCCGAGAUGAUGACUGACUAAUAUACAGCACCUCAGAACAUUUCCUAAUGUGCUGCGGUAAAUAAAACAUCUUAAACCCUGUCUCUGUGUGACAGGUGCUUGAGAAAUAAGACGGAUGGGUGACCCAAAAAUGAAAAUGGUGUCAUUUACUCGUCCUCAUGUCAUUAAACACCAAAUGAGUUUGUUUAAUGAACAUCCAGAAGGGUGAAAUCAGUACAUAGUGAAUGACUUGAAUUGAAUUUUGUAAAUCUUUAGACUUAUUUAUGGAUCAUGCCUUCUGGAAGGAGGACCGCAUGGAUCUCAUCCCGUACAGACUCACUCGUCUGCUUCAGAAGUUGCUACAGUGAUGCAUUGAUUUCACACAGGUUUGGGUCAAAUCUGGACAGACUGUUGGGUGUAAGAGGCUUUCACUGCUCCAGCAGCAGGUCCAGCCGUGUGGUUUUGAAGGUUUCUUGAGUGUUCUUCCUUUUCUGUGUGCAACCGUGCAUAACACUUCUAUAAAAACAGAGUAGAUCAGCUUUUGUUUGGAUGUUCUCUUGUUUUUUCCAUUGACUGGUUUGGCUGCUACACCUUUAAGCCUCUCAUGUCUUUCUCUGAAACUAGUCUUGAUCUAAAAUUAGUUCAAAAAGCAGGAAAAUAUAUUUAAUUCCUUCCACAACGGUAUUAAAUGCAGUCAAUUUGCAUGGCCUCUAUGUGAGUUUCAUUGCUCAUUUAGGAAAUGACAGAAAUGGGAUUUUUCCCCAAUGGUUAAAUUUAAACUCCAGUUGAUGUUGACCAAAGCUUUUGUCAAAAAAACAAAAACAUGUUUAAUAGUGAUGCAGUGUAUCGU